AGAAAACAAACCCCCAAGGAACAUGCCAUUCGGAGGGUGCAAAGACGUGGAUGGGAUGCUGGUCAGCUCAUUCUUUUCCGAAGAGAACUUGCGGUCAGCGUUGACCUACAGACCAAAACCCGAUGACAUAUUUGUGGCCACAUACCCGAAGUGCGGGACGACAUGGAUGCAAUACAUCGUAUACUGCAUCAUCAACAAGGGUGUCCCACCCAGAAACCACGCUGAGUUCAUGCUGCGAUCGCCUUUCCUUGAACUGCUCGGUGCUGAGGCGGCCGAAAGAAUGCAGAAGCCAGGAGCCAUCAAGACACACAUGCCAUUCGAAAGGCUGCAGACCUGCGCUCACGCAAAGUACAUCUACGUAGCGAGGAACCCGUAUGAUUGCUGCGUGUCGUACUACUACCACAAGAACGUUGCGCCUAACCCAGAGUACGAAGAAGCUUCGUUCGAUUACUUCUUGCGCAUGUUCCUCGAAGGACGAGUGAUCUUCGGACACUAUUUUCACAACUUGGUGCCCUGGUACGAACAUCGCCAUGACCUGAAUGUGCUCUUCCUGACCUUUGAGAACCUCAAGAAGGACACAGCGUCCUGCGUGCUCAAGAUUGCAGAUUUCUUGGGAAAAGAACACGGGAGGGCACUCCGCGAGGAUGAUGGACUGCUGAGGAAGGUGCUGGAGAUGACGCAAGUGGAGAACAUGAAGAAGGUCUUGAAUCAGAACCCGAAGUCGUUAUACAGAGAACUUCUCUCUUUACCUCCUGACAAGGCUCUUGCCUCAGCGGAGGCGUACAGACAUCUUUUGAAAGAUGAGCCCGAAACUCGUCGUUUCAGGGGAGAUUUCAUCCGUAAGGGCAGUGUGGUGGGAGACUACAAGAGCCACUUUUCGGCGGAACAACUGCGCUUCAUGAAGGACUGGAUUGCCGAGAACACUCGAGGCAGCGAUGUCAUGUGUCUCUGGAAGGACCUCGACCUUCCAUGAAGAGCACAGCAUAGAAAACGUUGCGACCCCGUAAACGACAGGAGAUCUUCGAGAACACAGCCACAGAUGGCAUGCGUGCUUAGCCACGCCGCAAAAUAUUUGACGAGCUUAGAAUAUUUGCGCAACCACGUUGACCUAACGGGUAGAACUUGAAGGAAAGGAGGAGAUGAAAGCGAGCGGCGACAUCGGAACGCCGAGCUCUGGUUAGAACGAUUAGAGGGUAGACGUAAAGCUAGCAGCCUGUUUCUACACGCUGUUCGAACGCGUUUAAAGAUUGUGUAGGGACAAAAGUAGCUUAAGCUGGCUUUGCAUCUACCCAAUAAUCAUUUUAGCCAUAUCUCGGUGUUCUGACGUCCACUGCGCUCUCGCCUCCUCGUCUCCCCCAGUUUCUACCCGCGUAGGUCGAGACACUCGGAGCUUCUGCCCUAAAGAUAAGGACUGUUUCUUCCAGUUUCCCGGCGUAGCUUUCGAAACUCCGUAUAGUAGAAGUAGUUUCUUCUACAAAAUUAUCAUUUUAUGCAUGUAGCUUUC